CCCAAAAUGUCAGCACCCUGAGAGCUCAUGCAAGGUCUACUAUUGUUUAUGGUGUAGCUGUAUUGUUAUUCUUGUGUUUUUUGCGGAGCUAACUGUCCCCUGUAGUCUCAGUCACCUGUCUGUUAUUUUAGCAUGUUGCUAAUCUUGCUAACGCUGCGCAGGUAGCUUUUGAGGGACCUGUUAGCAUUUCUCCCGUCCUAAUAAUAAUGCUGUGAGGCUUCCAGCUUUAAGAAAACAUGUCGUAUUCUCUGGUCAAACCCCUCUGCGACACUGCUCUAUUAGGACGGGUUUUACCGUUUAAAGUGUGUAGAAGGAAAAUGCCGGGCUAUAACAUGAGCUACAGGGUGCUGAGACCCCGCUGGAUGAAAUGUUUCCCUGUAUUAUCCAGCAGCUUCAGGAGCUUGAGCACACAACCAGCCAAGGAUGGUGUCGACUUGUCCAAGUUCCCUGUGGACAAAAUCAGGAAUUUCUGCAUCAUUGCCCAUAUCGACCAUGGAAAAAGCACUUUAGCUGACAGGAUGUUGGAAAUGACAGGUGCCAUCGCAAAGACUGAGAAGAACAAGCAGGUUCUGGACAAGCUUCAAGUGGAGCGGGAGAGAGGGAUCACUGUGAAGGCCCAGACAGCCUCGUUGUUUUACAGUCAUGACAGACAGGAGUACCUCCUGAACCUCAUCGACACGCCGGGCCACGUUGACUUCAGUUAUGAAGUGUCCCGUUCACUUUCCGCUUGCCAGGGUGUCCUGUUGAUUAUUGAUGCCAACCAGGGUAUUCAGGCGCAAACCGUCGCCAACUUCUACCUGGCCUUUGAAGCCCAGCUGACUAUCAUACCGGUGAUCAAUAAGAUUGAUUUAAAAAAUGCUGAUCCAGAGCGGGUGGAGUCACAGAUUGAAAAGGUGUUUGAUAUUCCACGUGAGGAGUGCAUCAGGAUUUCAGCCAAACUGGGAACAAACGUUGAAACAGUUCUUCAAGCGGUUGUUGAAAGGAUUCCUCCUCCUGCAGGGAGCAUCGAUGACCCGUUCAAAGCUCUGGUGUUUGACUCCAAUUUUGACCACUACAGAGGAGUGGUGGCCAACAUCGCAGUGUUUGGAGGUCGAGUGAAAAAGGGGGACAAGAUUGUGUCUGCAUAUCUCUGCAAAACCUACGAGGUCAAUGAGCUGGGCUUGCUGCGGCCAGAAGAGCACCCCACACAGAAGCUAUCCACACAGACACAAACCUCUGAACAUGAUCUGAGGCCUGGCGGGAUGUUUGAGCAUAUUCUACGCCCAAGUCCAGAUCGAUACAUCCAAAAGGAGCACGACACUAACCACACAAGUAUAUUUCUACCCUUUGCAGGCCAGGUGGGGUAUAUAGUUGCAGGGAUGAAGGAUGUAAAAGAGGCCCAGAUUGGUGACACUCUUUACCACCAAGAGCAGCCAGUCGAAGCUCUUCCUGGGUUUAAGCCUGCCAAAGCCAUGGUUUUUGCUGGCAUGUACCCAACGGACCAGUCAGAAUACCCCACCCUGCGCAGUGCCAUUGAGAGGCUGACCCUGAAUGACUCAAGUGUCACAGUACAGAGAGACAGCAGUCUGGCCCUGGGAGCUGGCUGGAGACUUGGUUUUCUGGGUCUUCUCCACAUGGAGGUGUUCAAUCAGAGGCUGGAGCAGGAGUACAACGCUUCUGUUAUAGUAACUGUCCCCACCGUGCCCUACAAGGCAGUCCUCUCCUCGGCAAAACUCAUCAAGGAACACGGCAGUGAGGAGCUAACCAUAGUGAACCCGGCUCAGUUCCCCGACAGAUCCGUCGUGUCUGAAUAUUUGGAGCCCAUGGUGUUGGGGACUAUUCUGGCUCCAGAAACACACACCGGCAAGAUUAUGAGUCUGUGCUUGAGUCGCAGGGCGGUGCAGAAGAAUAUGGUGUACGUUGAUGACCAGCGUGUCAUGAUGAAAUAUCUCUUUCCCCUCAAUGAGAUUGUUGUGGAUUUCUACGAUCUCCUGAAAUCACUGUCAUCCGGGUAUGCCAGCUUUGAUUAUGAGAAUGCAGGUUACCAGACUGCUGAUUUGAUAAAGAUGGAUAUUCUGCUGAACGGGCGGCCAGUGGAAGAACUCACCACAAUUGUACACAGGGACCGUGCAUACAGUACAGGGAAAGCCAUGUGUGAGCGACUGAAAGAAUCCAUCCCAAGGCAGAUGUUUGAGAUUGCUGUCCAGGCAGCCAUUGGAAGUAAAGUCAUAGCAAGAGAAACAAUAAAGGCAUAUAGGAAAAAUGUUCUUGCCAAAUGUUAUGGUGGUGACAUAACGCGGAAGAUGAAGCUAUUGAAGAAACAAGCUGACGGUAAAAAGAAGAUGAGGCGCAUCGGCAACAUUGAAGUUCCAAAAGACGCCUUUAUUAGUAUUCUGAAGAGGAAAGAAAAAUAGAAAGCCAUUAUUAUACAAUAUUUACGGCGAUCUUACAUGUCUGUAAUUAAAAAUGCUUCGAUGGAA